AUGGGCUCCUUCUGGGUAAAGGACCCCAACGAAGAGCGCGAUCGAGAGCGAUGGAUGGCCUCCAAGCUGGGCAUCCAGUGCAUCGCCCGGCGGCUGGAGAAGGAAGCCCGGCACACCGUCAGAGCUCGUGUCCGCGCUGAGAAGAAGGAGGCCCGCAAGAGGCAACGGCUCGCCCACCUUCAGCGAAUCGAAGAAGACAAGCGACGCGAGCAGCAGCAACAGCAGCAGCUCCUCAUCCUUCAGGCCUCGCUGAUGGAGGAAAGCCUGCGACCACCGCUCAUGGUCAGCGAGAUACUCAAGGCCAGGCGGCGGCGAAAGAGCGAGGGGGGCUACGGCGACCAGCGGGUGGUGACCCACUCGCCCGUCUACGGCCUCAUGGACGGGGGCUCGCGGAUAGGCGAGUCCGGGCGGGCGCUCUUCCUCAAGCCGCGAUCGCUGUCGACCAACGAAUACAGCGACGACAGCAGCGCCAACGACGAGAGCGACGGCGACCUGUCGGUCCCUGUGCCCGCCCCGCUGAGCAACAGGCGCGUGACGGUCGACGUGGACGACGAGGAGAGCGACGAGAGCAACAACAGCGACAGCGGCAGCCUGGGCGAAGAGGGGCGCACCCUGUCGUUCGACACCCUAGACAGCACGCCGGAGGUGCGGCCGGGGGCGGCCUUCAAGCUCGAGUUCAAGCGGCGGUGGAGCCUCAACUUCGCCACCACCGUCCAGGCCGUCAACCCGCCCUUGUUGGACUCGUCGAACUUGUCGUCGCCCACCUCGCCCGCCAUCUCUCCCUCGUCGGCCACCACGUCGCCCCUCACCACGCCCACCUCGCCCACGCCCUCGUCGCCCUCCUCACUGUCGCCGGCCCCGUCGCCACUCAGCUCCGGCUCGCAAUCGCCGUCGUCGUUCCGCUACCUGAGCUGGGUGCGGGAGGGCGGCAGCCUCAUCCUCAACCGCGACAAGGGCAAGCGCGAGCGGCGCGGGACCACCCUCGAUGGCGACAAGAAGGCCGCGACGGAGUGGCGCAAGCGCACGCGGGAGAAGGCCGCUGAGGGCGAGUCGGCUCAGGGGCUGCGCCCGGACGCUGCGGGCCGGCUUCGCAGCUGCACGGUCUCGGCGGCGGCGGGCAGCACCGGGGAUCUGCAGGUGGUAGCCGACGAGGCCAAGAAGCGCAGCGUGUCGGUGGGCAACAAGAGCGACGCCCUCCGCGUGGAGCCCCCCAACAAGUCCAAGGACAAGCGGGCCGACAAUAAGUCCGAGGUGAUGUUCAACAAAGCCCCGAGUUCGGAGGACACUACCUCCACCUCCACCUCCACUUCCACCUCAACGUCAUCAACCACCACCUCAACUCCCACCUCCGGCCCCUCGGCCGAGAUGACGUCGUCGACGUCGAGCUUCGAUCGGAUCAAGCGGCAGCUGUCCGGCGGCCUGGACAAGCGACGACGUGGGAUCAUGCUGUCCCGAUCGCGCUCCCUCACGGACCGCAAUCGCGGCUCGCUCGAGGGCUACUACGCCAACGAGACUGUCAUCGCGGAGGCCGGUGGCCCCGACACCCAAGCCCAGUCCGACUCCUACCCGUCCGUCACCAUUGUACAGCUUCAAGGGCCGGAGAACGGGGGCAAGGGCGGCAGCAAGCCCGGAUCGCCGGUGCAGCCGCGCAGCAAGACGGUGACGAAGGAGCUGCGCACCUCCAAGUCGUGCCGCAACUAUCGCGCGGCGGUCGGCCUGAGCGGGCUCAGCACGUCGGGCGGCCUGCUCACCAACGGCUCGUCGAGCAGCAGCGGGCCGAUGGGCUCGGACGAACCCGCGGACGCAGCGCAGCAGCGCAAGCUCGAGAAGGAGCGGCGGAAGGAGGAGAAGCAGCGGGAGAAGGCCGAGCGCAAGGAGCGCGAGCGGGAGAGGGAGCGCGAGAAGGAGCAGCAGAAGGAGCUCCUGCGGCGGAGCCGGCGCGCAACGGAUGUCUCGGCACCGUCCCCCGCCGCGAGCCCAAGAUCCUUCAUGAGCCGGCUCUCCGGCGUGCCCGGCUAG